AUGAAACGAGGCUCAGGGAGCAGACGUCUCGGCGUAGAAUACGGACACGCACACACGCCCACAACGCACACAAACGACAGACGAAAAUAUCACUCGUAUCACCAUGCAAAUGGGAAAGCGCAUAACGCCAGCUGUUAUAAUCCUUACGAUUUAAAAGUCCUUACGUUUCGUGGUACUGUCGUAAGACGGUCACGGGCGCAGCAUCGCAGGCCGCGGGUCACGGCUCAAAUCUCAUCCAAAGGCGCCGUGAUACACAGAACUGGUUUCGUGGGCGUUGGAUUCCAAUGGAAAAAUACACGAACGUCCACUAGUAUUCGACACUCGCGAUAUCGCGGUACUGCGGUCACACAGCAGGAAAAUCAACGGGUGGAGAUUAGCAUGAAUGAUAUUAACAAUUUAGCAAAACGCGGACGAGGUGCGACGUCGGUGCUGGUCGCAGCGCGACUGGUGGCAGAACUACGCUGA